AUGUGGACAGGGUCGUUACUAUCAGCAACAAUAUUGGUUGUUAUGACAACCACAAGCUGUAACGCCUUCCUGUGUAAAUGGUCAAAUGAAGGUUGUUCAAAAGACGAUGAAUGUUGUAGUGGAACUUGUGAACGGAGUCAUCCGGGAAUGAAUAAACGUUGUACAAAGAGUGUUUUACAUGAUCCCUGUCUGUUUACAUACCAUUGUCAAAGUAGACUACAUUGUGGAGCGAAAAAUCGGUGUUGUUCGAAAUACUGGGGAAUAUGUCGACUACCGACCGACUGUUGUGACACAUCUUUCUUAUGUAUAAAUGUGAAAGGAUUUCAUUAUCAACGGUGUUUACCGAGUCCAGUAGAUGGUUGUGCUAUCAAACAAAAUAUUUCUACAUUUAUCAGUGUUUUUACAUCACUUUAUUUAUCUUAUUUUCACCUUUUCUAA